UGAUAAUCUGGCUAACUCGUGUUUAAAACAAGUGUUCAACUGCUCUCAGCGUCAAAGUACCAGAUACAACAUAGUGCACGAUGAUCAACCCUUGUCCCUCCCCACUAUCCGCAUCCAUAUAUCAUUGGCUAAUCUCCACCAUGCAUCAAUUUAACCCAGCCAAUCGAUAAUGGGCGCUUCCAACACCCAAGUUCGUCGUUUAUGUAAAUAUCCUGUGCGAACAGCCGCCUGUCCAUUCUGCGUGCCCUAAACCACCUUCCUCGUUCCUUCUACACCAAGCAAACUCAUACUCACUUGUCUUUCCAACUUCCUCGAUGACUCAUGAAGACAAUAUUCCUCGGAAGAAACACGGGUGGCUGAAGAAAAGUCGUUCCGACCCUCAUUUGGAGGAGAGAGGCAGGGAGCCAGCCAAUGAUACGUUUCCUCUCUCGCCCUCGAGGAAUGAAUCUCGUGGACGAUCCCCGGGAAGAUUUCGCAAGUUCUUCGCCAAGGUGCCCAACCCCUUCCAACGAAGCGCUCGAAGCGCUCGACAGUCUCCCAACCCUCAAACCACCGCUGCAACCUCCGGCGCACAACAUAUCCCACCCAUUCAGAUAACCCAGGAUCCUUCACCACUCAUCACUCCCACUCCCGAGCCGAAUAUUGAGCUGUCCCCAAAUCCAAGGACCGCAGACGUAAGUUCAACCAAUGUAGUUGGGAAUAUUCUUUCGAUUAAGUUCUAA